AACUAAUUUAUAAAGCCCUGAGUCCAGACACAGAGAAAAGUCUUUCUUCACUUUUCUGUGUAAACAGUGGUAAGAACGAAUCACCAAAUGAAUGACUAGCUGAGAGCUAUAUUAAUUGGCAAAGAUGAAACACGAGCUGAAACAGAAGAGUUGUUUACUUUUAUUCUUAAAUAAUCAAUACAUAAAAAUGCAUAUUUUAAGUGGGGGGAGGCCUCUUAUCUGGUACUUGUAGUCGCCUCCCAGAGUCCAAGUGACCCGAUCGCCAUAUUUUCUGGAAAUUUUCCUUGGAGAAGAGCUCUCUUUUCAAGUCCUUUUUAGCUGUGGGCUCGUGUGUUUUUUUCACUUCUUCAACAUUAUUUCAUUUUCAGGUGUUAUGUUUAAUAAAAUUGGAAGCAUUUUUGUUGGAUGAAAAAUGCUGCGACCGCAAUCUUGCAGCCAUGCUUUUGCCGCUUUUAGUUGGUGUAUUGAUCAUAUUGGAAGAUGAGGUUAUGUUUUCUGGACUUUGUUGGGUUGUGAUGUGAUGGCAAUCGACGUAGUCACUAGUGCCUCAUUCGUUCCGGCUUCAGAGAUUCUUUCUCAGACCGUAGAGGCCAUUCUCGAGAUUGUGGUUUCUGCAAAUGAUGUUCUCUUUAAGAAAGAUAGUUUUAAGAAACUAGCAUCUUACUUAGAGAGAAUUGUCCCAGUUUUGAAAGAGUUGAAAGGAAAAUGCAUUUCUAAUUCUGAGAGCUUGAACAAUGCUAUUCAGAUUCUCAAUCGUGAAAUAAAAGCUGCGAAGCAACUAACUGUAGAAUGCAGCACAAAAAGCAAAGUAUAUCUCUUGAUGAAUAGUCGUGGGAUAGUCAGGCGCCUAGAAGGUACCAUGAGAGAGAUAAGCAGGGGAUUAAGUCUCCUUCCAUUGGCAUCUUUAGAACUUUCUUCAGCUAUAGUUGUAGAAAUUGGAAACCUCUGUGAUAGUAUGCAGAAGGCUGAGUUCAAGGCUGCUAUAACAGAAGAAGAGAUCUUAGAGAAAAUUGAGACAGGCAUACAGGAGAGGAAUGCUGAUCGUUCUUAUGCAAACAAUCUGCUGGUUCUCAUUGCAGAAGCUGUUGGGAUAUCUACUGAGAGAUCGGCUUUAAAAAGGGAAUUUGAAGACUUCAAAAGUGAGAUUGAAAAUGUCAGGCUUAGGAAGGACAAGGCUGAAGCUAUACAAAUGGAUCAGAUAAUUGCUUUGUUGGAAAGGGCUGAUGCUGCUUCUUCUCCUAAAGAGAAAGAGAUGAAGUAUUUCACUAAGCGGAAAUCUUUGGGUAGUCAACCGCUGGAGCCUCUCCAAUCUUUUUAUUGUCCAAUCACUCGCGAUGUAAUGGUAGAUCCUGUGGAGACUUCAUCUGGACAGACUUUUGAGAGAAGUGCUAUAGAGAAGUGGUUUACAGAGGGGAACAACUUAUGCCCUUUGACUAUGACUCCCCUAGACACAUCAAUCCUACGCCCUAACAAAACACUGAGGCAGUCAAUAGAAGAGUGGAAGGACAGAAACACAAUGAUAACAAUUGCUUCAAUGAAACCCAAUCUCACAUCUGGAGAUGAGGAAGAAGUGCUUCAAUGUCUAGGACAGCUAAAGGAUCUUUGUGAACAGAGAGACAUGCACCGAGAGUGGGUGAUCUUGGAGAACUAUAUAUCAGUUCUUAUUCAACUUCUUGGUGGAAAAAAUCGUGAUAUAAGGAAUCGUGUUCUUGUCAUACUUCACAUUUUGACAAAAGAUAGCGAUGAUGCAAAGGAUAGAGUGGCAAAAGUUGAUGGUGCAAUUGAACUUGUAGUUCGUUCCUUGGGGCGUCGCACAGAUGAAAGAAGGUUAGCAGUGGCAUUACUUUUGGAUUUAUCAAAAUAUAACGUCUUAAGAGACAGCAUUGGGAAGGUUCAGGGUUGUAUUCUCCUUUUGGUGACAAUGGCAAGUGGUGAUGAUUAUCAAGCUGCCAGAGAUGCCGAGGAAAUAUUGGAAAACCUGUCAUAUUCUGAUCAGAACGUCAUACAGAUGGCAAGGGCAAACUAUUUUAAACAUUUGCUUCAGCGUUUGUCAACUGGACCAGAUGAUGUAAAACUAACCAUGGCAACAGCUAUAGCUGAAAUGGAGUUAACUGACCAUAAUAAAGUGGUAUUGUUAGAAAGAGGUGCAUUGCGUCCACUUCUUAACUGGGUCUCUCAUGGUGGUAUUCAAAUGAAAAGUGUAGCUGUUAAAGCUCUUCGAAACCUCUCAAGUGUACCAAAAAAUGGCUUGCAGAUGAUCAAAGAAGGUGCAUCCCGCCCAUUACUUGACCUCCUCCAACUUGGCUCAUCAUCCUCAGCAUUACGAGAACAAGUCGCCGCAACGGUUAUGCACCUUGCAGUAUCCACUAUGUCACAAGAAUCCACUGAGACUCCAGUUUCUUUAUUGGAAUCUGAUGAGGAUGUUUUCAUGGUCUUCUCUUUGAUUAACCUGACUGGACCAGAAAUCCAACAAAACCUUCUGCAAAUCUUUCAGGCGUUGUGCCAAUCCCACUCUGCAGCAUAUAUCAAGACCAAGCUGACACAGUGCUCAGCCAUCCAAGUGCUAAUCCAGUUGUGUGAACGUGACAUUGGAAAUGUACGGCUGAAUGCUGUGAAGCUUUUCUGUUUCUUGGUGAAGGAUGGUGACGAAGCCACUAUCCUGGAGCAUGUGCGCCAGAAAUGCAUUGAGACUUUACUUAGGAUUAUCAAGUCUUUUAAUGAUGAUGAAGAAGUUGCUUCUGCAGUGGGCAUAAUUGCUAACCUUCCUGAAAAUGACCAGAUCACUCAGUGGCUUGUGGAUGCUGGUGCAAUUCCAAUCAUUUUUCGUUUUCUUUGCAGUGGUAGACUUAAUGAUUCCAAUAGAAGUCAGUUAGUAGAAAGUGCUGUUGGAGCCAUCUGCCGUUUUACUGCUCCAACAAAUCUGGAAUGGCAAAAGAGAGCAGCUGAAGCCGAUGUUAUCCCCAUGUUAGUUCAAUUGUUGGAUUCAGGAACCACCUUGACCAAAUAUCAUGCAGCCACUUCUCUGUCUCGUUUUUCAAGGAGUUCUCUUCAGCUAAGCCGGACAAUACCAAAGAAAAAGGGGUUCUGGUGCUUGUCAGCUCCACCAGAGACUGCUUGCCCGGUUCAUGGAGGAAUUUGUUCUGUUGAGUCAUCAUUUUGCCUUCUUGAGGCUGAUGCAGUGAUACCACUUGCAAGGGUUCUUGAAGAAACAGAUGCCGGAGUGUGUGAAGCAUCUUUAGAUGCACUAUUGACUUUAAUUGAAGGUGAAAGACUUCAAAAUGGUAGUAAGGUGCUAGCAGAAGCAAAUGCAAUUACUCCAAUGAUAAGAUGUCUUAGUUCGCCUUCCCUCAGACUGCAGGAGAAAGCUCUACAUGCUUUGGAAAGGAUUUUCCGGCUGCCUGAGUUCAAGCAGAAGUAUGGUCCAGCUGCUCAGAUGCCUUUAGUAGAUUUAACACAGCGAGGCAAUAGUAGUAUGAAGUCUCUUUCAGCCAGGAUACUUGCUCACUUGAAUGUACUUCAUGAGCAAUCUUCCUAUUUCUAAAGAAUUCAAUGCCUUUUGACUUUCUUGAAUCAUAUCUGAGGAGGAAGGACUGGCCACAUUAUUCACCUUGAUGAUUUAUUUUGCAAGAACCGCAAUACUAGUGCGCAUGCUUAGGCUUGAACCAUAAUAUUUCAGAAUAGGCCUACCUUUCUUCUCAAUAAUUGGCGCAUAUUGACGGAUUCACCUUGAAAGCUAAGCAAGAACUAUCAACCAACUCCAUUGUUGUGGAUAGAUGUAUCGAUGCAGCACCAUGAUACCCAAGAUGAUAGACAUCAAGUUUGUGCUUUUUCUGUUGAGGAACCGUCGCAGGUAAGAGAUUUUACAAGUGGCUGAUAUUAAAAGCACACCAUUAGCAAUAUUGCUUGGAAUUGAUAUCUUUCCUUGUAACCUCUGUGGUUCUUCUUUCCAUUCUUUCACUGUCAACUCAGUACUUUACCUAUAGCUCUGUGAUUGUCCUGUAUUAGAUAUAUAGAUGGUCUGGAAUUCAUCAGCUUAAUAACCGAAGAGUAAAUGUGGAGCAUGCCUGUCUACGUGACAAAUGGAAACUUGCAUUUCGUGCCAUGCAUUCAGCAAAAGUUGAUUAGUAGUGUUAGCUUGAAUGCAAACUCUAUGAGCAUGAAAAACACCAGGGCUUCACUUGGUCCCAGCAAUUGAUUGUUUGAUUCUUGCUUAGUAAAGUUGGAAACCUCACAUUUGGAAUCGUCAUAUUAACAUUAUUGAAUGAACUGCAUCAGAUAAGACGUUAUAUCUGCAGUUUCUGUUAGCAUGCACUCAUGGAGCGUACUGGUGGUGUAAGGAGAAAACUUUUCGAAUCAAUGGCUGGACCAUUGCAGAAGCUCAAACAGCUCAGCCUCCCUUCCAGCACGAACCUGUAGCAUUAACCAUGUGGUCUUAUAAUUUGCCCUGAAAUAUUAUUUCCAUUUGAAAACAAUUCUGUUAUACGAAUUGUCAGGUCUAUACAGUGAGGGGAGUUAAAAUGUCUAUGUAUUAAAUUUCUAUAAACAAACUUAUCUAUUUCCUUUAGAUUAUAACAAAA